AUAAAAUAAAUACAAAAAUAAAGUUUAAACAGAGUUUAUCACUGUUUAUGGUUUACCAUUGAUUUGACGUGAUUUCCACAGAAUUUUGAUGUGCUAUAUUGAGUUUUUAAUGCUACUGACGUUAUGCUUGUUUCGGAAUAAAAAUGCUUGGCCGUUUACCAGUUAUGUUUUCGACGGCAGCGCGCUUGACAGCACAAGCCUCUCGAUGCGCAUCCUGCGCUGGGCAACAUCUUGCUGAAUCUUCGCGAAUAUCUUUCAUAAGCUGUGAUCCCGGUCUUCCUUUCUGGCGAAUAUGGUCGCGUACUUAUGCAAGGGCAGCUUCAGUCCGUAGGACUGUUUCAGAACCCAUAAAGACCGACCACGGAACGACAUUGAAAUUGCAACAAGAAUCUCAGGAAGACGAUAAACUUUUCCGUAUGAUUGAGAUGGAACUGAAAGGACAUGAAGACGCUGUUCUCACCAGCUACCAAUGGUUUUUGUGUCAGGCAGCUAAAGAGCUCGGCAUCCCUGUGACGCGUGUAUACACUCCUUUGCGCAAUUAUGAACGUUUCUCAUUGCUGAAAUCUAAGUUUAUUUAUAAAAAGCAUUUCGUGCAGUACGAAUUGCGGACGUAUCAACGGGUCAUACAGCUGAAAUAUCUUACGGGCUCCACUGCGGAUACAUAUCUGGAAUACGUACAAAGAAAUUUACCGGAAGGAGUUGCAAUGAAAGUUCUUAAGUGUCAAAUAGAAGAAUUUCCCAGUCAUUUGACGCCUCCUGAAAGCGAAAAGCCCCAAGAUGUAAAAACAUGAGUUUUUUUAUGUUUUCCCCAGUAUGUGAAUGUUUUUCAGUGAAUCUUUUUUCCAUGAAUGCUUGUCCAUUGUCAAUUACUUCGUGCGUCGGAUAAGAAAUUCACUUAAUUUUGUGGCACUUUUUUGAAUAUUCUGAUUUGCCAUACAAAAAUAGCUGACCAUGCAAACCGUGGAUCAAAACUGUUCUGCCCUAAAAACCGAAUGCUUUCGUUUACCUGGAGUAAAAUUUUGCAGUCAUCAGG